CUGCUUUUGUAAUGGGGUGUGCUGUGAUGGGCAGUUGUUUCUCUGUCCUUUUGUCUCGACUAAAGCUUCUAUCCCUCUAUUCAGUCCCACCCCCCAGCUCACAAUCUUUUCCCAUCUCACAAAUCACUGGAAUGACACUACCCCCAACCCAUGCCCCAGAGCUCCUAGACACUGAUGGAGUAGGUGCCACUGGAGGACUAGCAUGUGCUGUCCACGUGCAUCUUCUGGGGCCACACCCUCGAAGAGGCUCCAAGAGGACGCCAGAGUCGGGCAGCCCUUCUGACCCAGGACGCGCUCCUACAACAAGGAAUAGAGGAGCUGACGAGCACAAGUGUGGAGCACAUCAUUGUCAAUCCCAAUGCUGCCUACGACAAGUUCAAGGACAAGAGAGUGGGAACAAAGGGACUUGAUUUCUCAGAUCGUAUUGGAAAAACCAAGAGGACAGGAUAUGAAUCUGGAGACUAUGAAAUGCUUGGAGAGGGUCUGGGAGUGAAGGAGACACCCCAGCAAAAGUACCAGCGACUACUGCAUGAGGUCCAAGAGCUAACAACUGAAGUUGAGAAAAUCAAGAUGACAGUGAAGGAGUCAGCUGCUGAGGAGAAGCUGACCCCUGUGGUGCUGGCUAAACAGCUUGCAGCCCUGAAGCAGCAGCUGGUUGCUUCCCACCUGGAGAAACUGUUGGGACCAGAUGCUGCAAUCAACCUCACUGAUCCUGAUGGAGCUCUGGCUAAGCGCCUAUUGCUGCAGCUGGAAGCAACAAAGAACAGCAAAGGGGCUGGUUCAGGGGGAAAGACAACCUGUGGGGCUCCCCCCGAUAGCAGCCUUGUCACAUAUGAACUACAUUCUCGACCUGAGCAGGACAAAUUCUCUCAAGCUGCCAGAGUUGCAGAACUUGAGAAGCGCCUGACAGAGCUGGAGGCUACUGUACGCUGUGAUCAGGAUGCCCAGAAUCCUCUUUCUGCAGGUCUUCAGGGAGCCUGUCUUAUGGAGACUGUAGAGCUGUUGCAGGCAAAGGUGAGCGCCCUGGACCUUGCGGUUUUGGACCAAGUGGAAGCUCGCCUACAGAGUGUCCUGGGAAAGGUGAAUGAGAUUGCCAAGCAUAAAGCCUCUGUAGAAGAUGCAGAUACACAAAACAAGGUGCACCAGCUAUAUGAAACCAUACAGCGCUGGAGCCCCAUUGCCUCUGCCCUUCCUGAGCUGGUGCAAAGACUUGUCACCAUCAAGCAGCUGCAUGAGCAAGCCAUGCAGUUUGGGCAGCUCCUGACACACUUGGAUACCACCCAGCAGAUGAUUGCUAGUUCCCUCAAGGACAAUACCACUCUGUUGACCCAGGUGCAGACAACCAUGCGUGAAAACCUGGCCACAGUCGAGGGGAACUUUGCCAGCAUUGAUGAACGGACGAAGAAGCUGGGAAAGUGAGCACCGUUGAGAGAUGGGGAAAAGGGGUAAUCCCUACUCUUUUGAACUUGAACAGCUUAUUAGGGCUGUCCCCUCAGUGGUUUCCCCUUAACUGUAACUUUUGAAUCCUCAUCUAUUUGACACCGGGGGUGGGGGGGGACAAGGGGUUCUUCUUGCAUGUGGGGUUUACAUCCCUCCCCUGCUGAAUACAGAAUGGUAGCUGGGGGAUAGUAAAUGGUGGUCUCCCCUCAAGCCCCAGGGACGAGGAUAUGGGCCCAGUAAAGGUCCAAUACUCCUUUGUCUGGUGGGGGAGAAGGCUUGAGUUCUGUCCUCUGACACAGCUUCUGUGGCUGAUUGUAAUACUGUACAACUUUUUCUGACCAUUAAAUGCUGUACUCUG